AUGGAUAAGCUUGCAAGAAAGAUAAAACGACAAAAUACUGAAAUUAAAGAGAAAGAAAGGGAAAUGAAUAGCGCUGGUAGAAAGUUAAAGCGUCAGAAUGUUGAAGUGCAAGAAAAAGAAAAAGAGGGCAGUAGAAUUUCAAAAAGAAAAUGCAGAGAAAACCCAACUGUUCUUGAAAAGGAAAGGUUAAGAAAGCAAGCUAAACGAAGUAACAUUUCAUUUAGAGAAAAUGAGAGAUUGCUAAAUAGGGAACAGAAACAGAAGCAAAGAGCAGAUAAAGAAUAUUGUGAAAAAGUAAAUGAACAACAGAGACAGAAAAGAUUUGGAAUAGAUAUAGAGGCUUGCAUCCAAAAUUUUCAUGAACAGAUCAGAUAUGGUCCAAUUUUUGUAUGCUCAUGUUGUCAGCAAACAUGGUUCAAAGAAAGCGUUUCUAAAGUGGAAAAUGUCAAACUAGAUGAUAAAUCAAGUGAAAUUGUUCAAGAAUUGGUGCAAACACAAGGGAGAAGCAACCAAAAUGCUGAUGAUCUUGAGACGGUUGAUGAUGAUGAUGAAUUCUGUGAAGUAGAUGGAGUUGGUAGAGAUGGUAAUUGUGAUACUCUAUUAGAUGAUGCUUCACAAGACAUGAAUCAGGUUUACACAUUUGCUCCAGGUGAAGGACAACGCCCGCUUAGUUUAUAUCAAGAUCAGACAGCUGAGUAUUUAUCGUUUCCAACAAUUUUUUGUGGAAAGGAAAGAUUACAAGAUGACGAAAGACAAGUACGGGUGUCCUAUGCAAAUAUUGCUAAAUGGGAAUUAAGGAGUGUUGAUAGACGUGCCGCCCAGUCUGUUCCAAAUUUGUUUUUCAAGUUGAAAAAAAUACAAAUGAAACAAGUUACAGACAAAUGCAAUCUGGCUCUUAGAAAAUGCAAAACCAAAGGAAAAUCCAUAACAGCAAAUGAAAUGAAGAAUCCUGAAAAUGUGAAUAAUCUUGUUAGACAUGAUGAAGGUUUUUUUGUGUUCAGGCAGUUAAGAAAUUCGCCUGCAUAUCUUGAGACUAGAAAAAAAGAUGUAUUUGCUAUGAUCAGACAGCUAGGUCUACCAACAUGGUUUAUGUCACUGUCUGCAGCAGAUACAAGAUGGAAUGAUCUCAUCAGAGCACUUGGAGUGUUAAAUGAUGGAAAAGAAUACACUGAUGAAGAAAUCGACAGUAUGACUUGGUUUGAAAAAUCAAAAUUAGUACAAAAAGAUCCAAUCACUUGCUCUAGGUACUUUGAUCAUAGGUUCCGUAUGUUUAUGAAUUCAGUGUUAAGAAGUGAUCAUCAUCCAAUUGGGAUUGUAAAAGACUUCUUCUACAGAACUGAAUUUCAACAAAGAGGAUCACCACAUAUUCAUAUGAUUGUUUGGAUAGAAAAUGCACCAAAGUACCAUGAAAAUACUAAACAGGAGAUAGUAAAUUAUGUAGAUAAUUACCUGAAAUGUGAAAAAAAUGAAGAGGAUGAUCUGACUGACUUACAAGUGCACAAACAUUCACAGACAUGCAAAAAGAGAGGUAAAGCUGUAUGUCGAUUUGGUUUUCCCCUUCCACCUCUUGAAGAGUCUCUAAUUUUGGAGCCACUAGAGUGUGAUGUUGAUAAGUACAAGAAAAUGUAUGAUGAUAUUCAAAAACAACUAAAUGAUAUGAAAAAUGGAUGUGAUUUGCCCUACAAGGAGCUCCUGAGCACAGUACUUAAGAUAUCUGAGGAAGAUUACAUUAAAUGCAUUAGAAGUUCACUGAGAGGUCCAAAGGUUUUUCUAAAAAGAAAUCCAUGUGAUAUGAGGGUCAACUCUUACAACAGUGUUGUUCUUGAUGCGUGGAAAGCUAACAUUGACAUUCAGUAUAUUUUGGACCCAUAUGCCUGUGCAAUGUAUAUUGUUUCUUAUAUAAGUAAAUCACAAAGAGGGAUGAGCGAUUUACUGAACAGAGCUGCAAAAGAAGCUAGAGAAGGAAAUCUUGACAUAAAAAGACAGGUACGUCACAUUGGAAAUCAUUUUCUCAACAGUGUAGAAGUUGGAGCACAGGAAGCUGCAUAUUUAGUUUUACAAAUGGCAAUGACAAAAGCAUCAAGAGAUGUUGUGUUUAUCAACACAAGUCCAUCAGAUGACCGAGUCAUUCUCAUCAAAACAGACACUGAAUUGGAGAAGUUGACACCAAAUUCUACAGAUGUGGAAUGUAGCAAUGUAAUUAAACGAUAUGCAAAACGCCCAAAACAGCUUGAAAACUGGUGUUUAGCCGAUUACGUAUCACAAUUAGAUGUUGUAUUCCCUAAAGAUAAUGAAAGAGAGUUCACUGAAAAUGAAGUGAAUGAUGAUGAUCAAGACAAUCAGUCAGAUGAUGAAGACAAUGCAGAUCUUGAUUUUAGUGAAAGUGAUACACUAGUGACUCUGAGAAAUGGCAUAAAAAUUAGACGACGGAAAGUACCAAGGGUAAUUAGAUACGUUCGAUUUAAUAUCAAAACUGAUCCAGAGAAUUACUAUAGAGAAAAGCUCAUGCUGUUCAUGCCUUGGAGAAAUGAAUCCAUUGAUCUGAUAUCAGGAAUGGACACAUUUGAGAAGUCAUUUCAUCUGAAAAAGUCUUUUCUUGCUCACAAAGUCAAGGAAUAUGAAUUCAAUGCUGAACAGCUUGAUGCUGCUUUACAAAUGGCAACUGAGGAUAUUUCAGAAGCUUAUGAUGAAUUGGCACCAAAUGCUCAACAAACGGAAGCAGAAGAUGAAAAUGAAGGAUCACUUGAAUCUGAAAACUAUGUUCAAUUUAAUCCUGAAAGGCCAAUUGAACAGAGACACUAUGAUAUAGGAUCUGACCUUGGGAUUCCAUCAACAAGACAAAUAACUGAAGAAAGUUCUGUAAGAUUACCAGACAAUGAAUACCUGAAACUGUUAGGAAGUCUUAAUGUAAAGCAGCGGGAAUUUUUCAAUCAUGUCUUGCAAUGGAUCAAAACAAAGACAGAUCCUAUUUAUUCAUUUUUAUCUGGAGGUGCUGGUGUUGGCAAAUCAGUAUUGAUUAGAGCACUCUAUCAAGCUCUGCACAGAUAUCUAUGUUCCAUAGAAGGUGAAAAUCCAGAUGACAUCAGAAUACUUCUUUGUGCUUAUACCGGCAAGGCAGCAUACAACAUUGGAGGGGCAACUAUAGCAUCUGCUUUCCACCAAAAAAUUAAUCAAAGUCAACAAAGUUUGCACUGUGAUGAGUUGAACACUUUUCGUACAAAGUACCAAAACCUAAAAUUGAUCAUUAUUGAUGAGAUAUCAAUGGUUGGAAAUAGAUCAUUAGCACUCAUUGACAGUCGUCUACAACUUCUCACAGGCAUCAAGAAACCAUUUGGUGGCAUAAGUAUCAUAGCUGUUGGUGAUUUUUUUCAACUAAAACCUGUGAUGGACCGUUGGAUCUUUCAGGAUUUAAAUCAUGGUGCUCAAGCUCUUGCAAACAAUCUUUGGAAAGAGCAUUUUUGCAUUUUUGAGUUGGACGAAAUAAUGCGCCAGAAAGACGAUCUUGAGUUUGCUCAACUCCUAAAUCGCCUUCGUUACAAUAUCAUGACAGAAGAAGAUAUGAAUGUAAUACACAGAUGCAUGAUAACGGAAACGAGUGACAAUUAUCCACAUCAUGCUCCUCAUCUAUUUACACAGAAUUCUAAAGUAAAUGCAUACAACAAUCAGUUGAUUGAAAAACUUGAAGGAGAAAAGGUCAUAGUGAAUUCAGUGGAUAGUGUUCUAAAGGAUUAUUCAAAGGAACUUAAGGAAAAGCUGCUUAGAUCUCUAUAUAAAGCAGAUGAUGUUAGCAAAACUGCUAAUUUGAUGCAAAAAUUGACUCUUGCUGUUGGGAUGAUCUAUGAUAUCUCAGUCAAUGUUGAUGUAUCUGAUGGUUUAACAAAUGGGUCAUCAUGUAAGAGAAUUCAAUUUCCAUUACGACCAGCUGCAGGGAAAACAGUUCAUAAAGCACAAGGUUGCACUGUUGAUGAAAUUGUAAUUGAUUUGUCUCAGACUAGAGUGAGGAAAAAUGCACAUAUUCACUAUGUAGCAUUAAGUCGAGUACGAUCAGUGGAUCAUCUGCACAUCCUAAACUUUAAUGAACAGGCAUUGGCUAUGGAUGAACAAGUAGUAGAAGAAAUGGAAAGAAUGAAAAAAGAUGUGCCACUGCUUCUUUGUUACGUCCCAUUAUACCAGGUCGAUUUGCAUUCUUUCAAAAUUGUGUUCAACAACUGUAGAUCACUUCAUAAACACUUCCCACAAAUUCAAGAUGAACCAAAUAUUAUUGCAUCAGAUGUUGUUGCAUUCUCAGAGACAAGAUUAGGUACUGCUGAUGUAGCUGAAAAUUAUCAACUGAAGGGAUACACAGCAGUAUUUAACCAUGAGCCUACAUGUAAUCUGGACAGACGCCCGUAUCAUGGAACAGCACUGUAUGUGAAAAAUGUCUACAACAUGACCUGCAUCUCAAAGCUGAACACUGGUUCCAUGGAAUUCAUCAUGUUGUGUACAUUUUUUGAUGACCCUGUGACAUUUCAAGCCAUGAGACGUCACUUAACUGGCUUUGAGGCAGCCCAAGCUGUAGGUAUGCUUCAAUCUGGCAGUACUCAAAGAACUGUUGCUGCACACUAUAAUGUGUCCCAAAGUGUCAUUUCACGAUCAUGGAAUCGAUUCCAACAUACUGGUACCGUUGCUGGGAGACCACGUUCUGGUCGUCCGAGGUCAACCACGGCUCGUCAGGACCCUUAUCUGGUCAAUAUGGCAAAAUGGCAGAGGUUCCAGAGCCCUCUUAGGCUAAAUACAGACUUUCAAACAGCAACAAGAGUGCGGGUAACACCACAGACAGUUCAAAACAGACUCCAAGCGGCUAAUAUCCGAGCAUUCCGACCAGCAGUUCGGCUCAAACUGACCCCAAGACACAGAACAGCCAGACUCCAAUGGGCACGAAACCGUGUCAAUUGGCAACUGCGUCAUUGGACCCCUGUUCUUUUUACAGAUGAGUCGCGCUUUAGUGUAGACUUUCAUGACGGUCGUAGACGAGUUUAG